CAUAUUCAUCACCCACAUCACCAAACUACUUUACUCUCUUCACUAUACAAUUCGAAACAAAGCCCCCCAAAAAAAACCCUCAGUGUAUCUUUUUUUUCCAAGUCUUCUCACAACAACAAUGGCGGAAGAGUUCCAGAACAAGAGCGGCCACGAUGACGUGGAGACUAAGGACCGCGGGAUGUUCGAUUUCUUGGGGAAGAAGGACGACGUGGAGACCACUAAGCCGCCCCACCACCAGGACGAAGCUGCUGCUGCUGCGAUGUCGUCCGAGUUCGAGGAGAAGGUUCAAGUCUCCGAGCCCGUUAAAGAGGAGGAAGAGAUCAAGAAGGAAGAAGGCGGCGGUGGCUUGUUCUCCAAGCUUCACCGAUCCGGCAGCAGCUCCUCAAGCUCCUCGAGCGAGGAGGAGGUAGAGGAAGACGGAAAGAAGAUCAGGAAGAAGAAGGAAAAGAAGGAGAAGAAGAAGAAGGAAGAGGACACUUCAGUCCCCGUGGAGAAGUGCGACGACGUCGUUCCGGAGGAGAAGAAGGGGUUCAUGGAGAAGAUCAAGGACAAGCUACCCGGCAAGAAGAGUACAGCUGAGGAGGAAACCCCUGUUGCGGUGGCGGCGCCGCCACACCACGAGCCGGCGGAGGAGAAGAAGGGGUUCCUGGAGAAGAUCAAGGAGAAGCUGCCCGGAUACCACGCCAAGGGAAGUGAGGCUGAAGAGAAGGAGAAGGAGAAAGAAAGCCACUAGAUCAAAAUUUGGAAGAAUUGAUGGGUUUUUAAUUUCUCUAAAUAUGUUUUUGGCAUUUUGAAAUUUGUGGGUUUUGGUUAUAUGAUGAUGAUUAUGAUCAGUCCAUGAUGCAUAGUUUGUGUAACUGUGUAAUCGUGUGUCGCCUUUUGGGUUUUCUUUCCUUCUUUGCGUUUUGGAGAUGCUGCUGUACGUGGUUUCUCUUUUGGAAAUUGAGGACUUAAAUAUGAGUACUGUUGAUUGUGCUUGUAUGUAAGUUUGUUUGAUAUUAAGAUAAAAUACUUUUUCCUUA